AUGUCUGCCCAACCAUUUAAUGCCGAAAAUGCCGAUAACUUAGAAGAAAUCGAAAUGCAAUUUGCUGUUAAAGCAGUCCAGCAAGCUGAAACUUACUGGUCAUUAUUGGAAAAGAUUCCUGGAUCUAAAUUGAAGUUGACUAAACAUGAUGAUGAUAUAUUCAAUCAAUUACUUGAAGACUUCCCUGAAUUUAAAGAACCAAGCAAUGUUGCUGUUAUUCGUGAAGAGGAUAUGAAGAGCACCACAGGAAAAGCUAAAUGGAGAACCUUCUGUGAAAAAUUCAAUGAAAUAGAAGAUUACAACUUUGGUACAUUGCUCAGGUUGAAAGCGAAUGAAGAAUAUUCACAAGAUGGAACCAUAUUUGCUGUUAGAAUUCAAUUUUAUGCCAUCGAAAUUGCUAGAAAUAGAUAUGGUUUGAAUGACUGGAUUUCUAAGAAGGAAUAG